GUCAGCUCAAGAACGCCCCCCCCUUGCUUCAGACCAACUAUACAGAUGUGGUCAGUGUGGUGAGAGCUUCACUCGAACUCAGAACUAAUGCUUCGUCAGAGAGACCACCUGAAAGGGAAAGGCUGCGGGUGUGAGCCUUGUGGGACAGGCUUCACCAGGAGCUUGUCUGCUGUCCAUCAAGCAGUCCACAUGGAUGAGAAACCCUACAAGUGUGACAGGUGUGGGAAGAGCUUCACCAGGAGUUCCAGUCUGCUCGUCCAUCAUGCUGUCCACACAGGUGAGAAACCGUACAAGUGUGACAGGUGUGGGAAGGGCUUCAGUCAGAGCUCCAAGCUGCACAUCCACCAGCGCGUCCACACGGGAGAGAAGCCGUACGAGUGUGAGGAGUGUGGCAUGAGCUUUAGUCAGCGAUCAAACCUGCACAUCCACCAGCGCGUCCACACGGGAGAGAGGCCUUACAAGUGUGGGGAGUGUGGGAAAGGCUUCAGCCAGAGCUCCAACCUUCACAUCCACCGGUGCAUCCACACGGGAGAGAAGCCAUACCAGUGCUACGAAUGUGGGAAAGGCUUCAGCCAGAGCUCAGACCUUCGAAUCCACCUCAGAGUGCACACUGGGGAAAAGCCCUACCACUGUGGCAAGUGUGGGAAGGGCUUCAGCCAGAGCUCCAAACUCCUCAUUCAUCAGAGAGUGCACACCGGAGAGAAGCCCUAUGAGUGCUACAGGUGUGGGAAGAGCUUCAGCCAGAGCUCCAACCUGCACAUCCACCAGCGGGUUCACAAGAAGGACCUUCGUUAAGUAACAAGUCCACUCAGGGGUUCCAAAUACUUUUAUUGUCAAGAUAAAGGUUUCAUGGCAGGUCAGCAGUAGAUUGUUUGCCUAGCAUGGAUAAAGCCCUGGGUUUGAGUUCCAGUACCCACCCCUCAAAACUUCCAGCUUAAUACUUUGUAUUAAGUGUGUGUGUGUUCAUGUAUAAAGGUUUACACGUGCUGUGGAGGUGUGUGCAUGCAUAUUUGCACAGGUGUAUGGAGCUCAGAGGACACCUCAGGUGCUCAGACGCUUGUCACCUUUUUGUUUGAGACUGGGGUCGGUCAUUUGUGGUAUGGAAUGUCACUGAGUAAGCUAGGCAGCGAGUUCCAUGGAUCUACCUGUCUCCACUUCUCAGCUCACCCUGGCCAGGAUUACACGUGUGUGAUACCACGCCCAUUUUUAUGUGGGUUCUGUGUCAGGUUUGCAGGACAAGAGCUUUACUGACUGAGCUAUCUCCCCAUGUCCCGGCCUAAAUACUUUUGACUCUUACCUUUGUAUUCCUCAAAAGAAAGAGAUAGUAAGGGUUAUUCAGAUGUAAUCCCUCACAGGAAAAAUAAUCAAUCCUUCACUAAAAGUAUCUGAGCUCCCAGCACAUUCCAUGUUCUACAAUGAAUGGAUGAUUCUCAUUUCCCAGAUUGGUAGAGUGCACAUUCCAAUUCUGCUGGUGUUGUUAGAAGUAUAUUCCACAAUUGUAACUCAAAGGACUUUGUAUUUUUCCAAGCACAGUAGGUUUCCUUUGUUCAUAUUCUCUGAGAAAUUGAAUUCACAUUUCCUUUCAAAU